CUCGGACCAAAAAAUAAUGCAAAAAAUUGAACGCUUCUUUCUCUCUCUGUCUCUUUCUCUCUUUCUCUCUCAUUGGAUUCUGUAACAAACCAACGCAGUGAAGAGACACGCAACACCGAAGAACCAGAAACAACACCAGAGAAAUAAACACUUGCUUGCACGUUCUCUUCCCAGCGAUCCCUUCUCCUUUUCCUUCUUCUUCCUCUUAUGCUCAAUCCUGCACCCUUCACUUUCUUAUUAUUCACUUUUUUUCUUUUUCUUUUUCUUUUUUCCUUUCUGGUUAAGAACCACCCUUUGUUUCUCUCAAAACAUCAAGGAUUGUUGUCCUGAAUCUUAUUCUGCUCAUCUGCAUAUCUCAUCUCCCUUAGGAUGGCCAAUGAAAGUGGUGAAUUACCAGUGACCCCAGAAGUUACUGAGUCACCUGGGGUUGAAAUAAGAGGACAUUCAGAUGGCAAGGCUAGUUCUGGAACUAGUGUUGAAAAAGUUGUUCCCAAUUAUCUCAGAGCUUCCACUGGUUCUUGUCAUGAUUUUUGUAAAUACGGGAGGAAACAUGCAUUUGAUUCGAAAGAAAGAUGUUCUAUACCUAAUAGAGCUACAAGAAAACAGCUUCACCACAGUUCAGAAGGUAGUGUUGGUGGGACAAUGAUGUCAUUUGCUAGGCUCAGUGCAUCUGUGGAUUCUACUAAGCCGACAAAGAUGUCAACGGUCAAACUCAAACAAUCAGUUGAUUCCAAGACCUGGAUUUCUGAUACCUCUGAAACUUACAAGCGGGAACUGCCAACAAAAUCAUUUGACAGCCAAAAAGAAACAGGGAAUGAAGUUCUGGUGAAUAGGAACAAAUCAUCAUUGGCCAAGGUCAAACCAUCACUCCUUCCAAAGUCCCAUACAUCUCCAUCAGCGAGACAAGAAAUUUCAUCAAUUAAGGAGGUCCGAUCCCCAUCAAAUUCAACUUCCAUAAAGGUGGGAACUCCAUCAAAAUCAACUUCCAGGAAGGUGGAAGCUCCACCAAAAUCAACCGCCAAUAAAAUGGAAGCUCCAUUAAAAUCAACUUCCAAUAAAGUGGGAAAUCCAUCAAAAUCAACCUCCAAGGUCAAAGCUUCAUCAAAACGAACUACCAAUAUGGUGAAAACCUCAUCACAGUUAUCUUCUCUCAAAGGUAAAGAAAUGAAGUUGUCUGAAAAACAUGUAAAUUCUUUAAAUUCAAGCAGUGUCAGAAGGAAGCAAAUAUCUUCUAUGAAUUCCUCGGAAGGUGUUGGUGGCCAAAGAUAUAGUAAGAUCAAGACAGAAAAGGAGGUGACCUCCUCCAAUUCCAAAGCAGCUUCAAAAAAACUGAUGGCACCUUCAAAGGCUUUAUUAACCCCCAGACCUUCCCUUAUUAGAGUUGCAAGUAUAAAUUCAAGAAAGCAUAAGAGCCUGAAAAUUGCUUCUCAUCUUAAGAAUCAGCGGAGUGCCCGAAAGGUUGAACAUGAGGAACACAACAACAACGAGGUAGAGGAAAAGACUUUGUACGUCAUCAAGAUGGGAAGUGAAAACAAAACUUCGCUAUCUGAUCAAAAUGCAAGCUAUGAUGAUGAAUCAUACCUUCCUCAGUUGUCAUCACCAAAGUCUUCAGUAUCCUCAAUUUCUAAAUCCUUAUCCCAAGAAGACCAAGAGGAAUCUGAAUAUACAACUAGUGAAUUUGAGCAGGAUUCUUUUUCAGGAAACCAUGAAACUGAAUGCAUUGAAAAUGAGGAGACAUUGGCUGCUGAGAAGAAAGGCAAGCCCAAAAAGGGUGGGGUUGUAUAUUCCAAAGACAAUGACAACCAAAUGAUAAAAUUAAAGUUCAGAAGGGGAAAAGUGGUUGAAAAUCAAACUGAGAUAAGUAGUCCAAGGAGGCUUAAAUUUCGGAGAGCAAGAGUGCCGAGGGAGAAAGCCAAUGUUAACAGCAAUGUCCGUAAAAGCUUUGAAAGAAAUGUAGCCUGUGAUAACAGCAAUGAUGCUACAACUGGUCCAGAGAAGGUUGUUUUGAGGCAUCAAGACAUGCAGGAAAAAAAAGAUGCACAGGGAUUAUUAAAUAAUGUAAUUGAGGAAACAGCAAGUAAACUGGUUGAAGCUCGCAAGAGCAAGGUUAAAGCAUUGGUUGGUGCCUUUGAAACCGUGAUCUCUCUUCAUGAGAAAAAACCUUCUGCAGACACAGUCAGUUGAUGGAAUCUGGAUAGACAUUUUCUAGCUUUUUCAUUUGUUUUGUAAAGAAAUGGUAGGAAAAUAAAACUGAGCUUUGGUAGUAGUUGUGAAGCCAACAAGCUGAAGGUACAGCAGAAAGUAGGAUAGAUUUGCCUUGAGUUUGUCUUUAGAAGCUCUGCAUCAUGCAUGUAGAGUUGAAAGGAGGGUUUUGUGUUGCGAACUUACCUUAACUUGCACCAUAUACUUUUUGUUUCAUUCUGCUUUGGAUAUUGUCAAUGAUUUGUAGCUUCUGAUUUUUAAUAAAAUAUCAAACAGUGAUGCCAGUGACUUUGUACUUUUA